AUGCCACCACGGCGAUUACCUGAAGACCUAAUGGUGCUGCCUAAGAAUUACCAGCACAUCCUUGUCUUGGCAUUUGCAGUGAAAGAGAUCAAUGAAAAUCCUCAGAUCUUAUCAAAUAUUACCUUGGGUUUUGACAUUUAUGAUAGCUAUGAUGAUGCAAGGAGGACAUAUCAAGCCACAAUGCUGCUUCUAUGUGGAAAGGCAAGACUGAUUCCCAACUAUCUAUGUGAAAUCAAAAAUAACCUGAUAGGCAUCAUUGGGGGACUAGAAUCCCAGAUAUCCAUGGAUAUAGCAACUGUCUUAGAUAUCUAUAAGAUUCCACAGCUCAUAUAUGGUGCUGCAACAGUGAUGAAUACUAAAACUCCAGGCCUCUCCUUCUACCAGAUGGUCCCUCAAGAAGGCCUUCAGGAAAGAGGGAUUCUCGCUUUGCUUCUGCAUUUUGGCUGGACAUGGAUUGGGCUUCUUGUUAUGGAAAAUGACAAUGGAGAAAGAUUUCUACAAAGUGUAGUUCCACUGUUUUCCAAGAGUGGUGUGUGCUUUGCUUUCAUAGAAAGAAUGCCCAAAGGUAAUAAUUAUGAUAACUUUUUUGAGGCUUAUCUACAGUACACAAAAAUGGUACGUAAAAUGAUGGGCAGCAAAGCCAAAGUAAAUGUGCUCUAUGGAGAAUCGUAUUCUAUGGUCUUGUUGAGAUUCUUACCAAAUAUGUCACAAAUGGAAGGUGAGACAAGUAAAGUAAAAGGUAAAGUCUGGAUAAUGACAGCCCAGAUGGAGCUCACAUCACUAGCCUUUCAAAGUACCUGGGAUACAGACAUAAUCCAUGGAAGUUUGUCUUUCACACUUCACUCCAAUCAUCUACCAGGGUUCACCUCAUUUGUUGAGCUGAGAAACCCUUUUGUCACAACAGAAGAUGGCUUUCUGAGGGAUUUUUGGCAGCAGGCCUUUGAAUGCAUAUUCCCAAAUACUGGAAGCAAAGUCUAUGACAAUAUUUGUACAGGGGAAGAGAAGCUAGACAGCAUCCAUAGGACUGUUUUUGAAAUUAGGAUGACUGGCCAUAGCUAUAGUGUCUACAAUGCUGUCUAUGCUUUGGUCCAUGCUUUACAUGCCAUGUCCUCACUUAGACUGAGACAUCGAGCAAUGACAGAUACCAAAACACAAAAGCCUCAGAAUCAACUGGUGUUGCAGAAUGUACGCAACUGGCAGCUCCAUCACUUGCUGAAAGGUGUCUCAUUUAACAACAGUGUGGGAGAUGAGAUUUCUUUUAACCAUAAUGGCGAGUUAGUAGGUGGACUGGAUGUGGUUAACUGGAUUGUUGCCACAAAUCAAUCUUUUCAUUGUAUGAAAGUUGGAUGUGUGGAUCCUCGGGCUCCUUCAGACAAAAUAUUGACCCUCAGUGAGAAUGUCAUAACAUGGAACAGGUGGUUUAAUCAGGCACUGCCUGUUUCUGUCUGCACUGAGAGUUGCCUUCCUGGGUCUAGCAAGCAAGUGAAGGAGGGAGAGCCAUUUUGCUGCUAUGAUUGUGUCCCAUGUCCAGAAGGGAAGAUUUCGAAUCAGAAGGCUUCAGAUCAAAUCAUUUCUUUUUCAGAAAGAGAGUACCCAAGCAAGAAUCGGGAUUUCUGUAUUUCCAAGACCAUAACUUUCUUAUCUUAUGAAGACCCUCCAGGAUUCACGUUAGCCUGUUUGGCUCUUUCCUUGUCUUUGAUCACAGCCCUGGUGCUACAGACAUUUCUGAAACAUCACAACACUCCUAUUGUCAAAGCUAACAACAGAGACCUCACCUACACCCUCCUCAUCUCUCUCCUCCUUUCCUUCCUUUGUGCCUUGCUGUUCAUUGGCCAGCCCCAGAAAGUGACGUGUCUCCUCCAAGAAACUGCCUUCAGCAUCAUCUUCUCAGUGGCUGUUUCUUGUGUGCUGGCAAAGACCAUCACUGUGGUCCUGGCUUUCAUGGCCACCAAACCAGGAUCCAGGAUGAGGAAGUGGGUUGGGAAAAGAGUUGCCAAUUCCAUUGUCACUUCUUGUUCCUUAAUCCAAGGAGCAAUCUGUACUAUGUGGCUGGCAACGUCUGCACCUUUCCCAGAUAUAGACAUGCACUCAGUCACUGAAGAAAUAGUACUGACAUGCAAUGCGGGAUCUGUGGUCAUGUUCUACUGUGCCCUGGGUUACAUGGGCUUCCUGGCCAUAGUCAGUUUCACAGUGGCCUUUCUUGCCAGGAAGCUACCUGACAGUUUCAACGAAGCCAAAUUUAUUACUUUCAGCAUGUUGGUUUUUUGUAGCGUGUGGUUAUCUUUCAUUCCAACAUAUCUAAGCACCAAGGGAAAAUACACUCUUGUGGUAGAGAUUUUUUCUGUCUUAGCUUCUAGUGCUGGGCUGCUGGGCUGUAUAUUUUUCCCCAAAUGUUUUAUCAUUAUCUUGAAGCCAGAGCUGAACAACAGGGAACAGCUAAUCAAAAAAGUAAAGGAUCAAAUAAGUCUCUAG